GUCAGCUGCACCGGAAGUUCCUGACCACGUCUGGCGGUAACCUUGGGGGCCUCGCAGCAGCGGCUGCAGUUGCUGGGUGGGUUUAACGAGUCUGCGCCUCAGCUAGGUUAGGCUCGUUAGCUGCCAGAGCCGCGGAGUUGCCUGGGAGUUCGCUGACGGCCGCCGGGAGCAGGCACCCGGGCGCGGGGCUGCCCAGCCGACAUGUCUCUGGUGGCGGAAGCUUUCGUCUCCCAGAUCGCAGCUACAGAACCUUGGCCAGAAAAUGCUACAUUAUAUCAGCAACUGAAAGGAGAGCAAAUUUUGCUUUCUGACAAUGCAGCUUCUCUUGCUGUGCAGGCAUUUUUGCAAAUGUGUAAUCUGCCUGUCAAAGUGGUUUGUAGGGCAAAUGCAGAAUAUAUGUCUCCAUCUGGUAAAGUACCUUUUAUUCAUGUGGGAAAUCAAGUAGUCUCAGAACUUGGUCCAAUAGUUCAAUUUGUUAAAGCUAAGGGCCAUUCUCUUAGCGAUGGGUUGGAUGAAGUCCAAAAAGCGGAAAUGAAAGCUUACAUGGAAUUAGUCAACAAUAUGCUCUUGACUGCAGAGUUGUAUCUUCAGUGGUGUGAUGAAGCUACAGUAGGGGAGAUCACUCAUGCUAGGUAUGGAUCUCCUUACCCUUGGCCUCUGAAUCAUAUUUUGGCCUAUCAGAAACAAUGGGAAGUAAAACGUAAGAUGAAAGCCAUUGGAUGGGGUAACAAGACUCUGGACCAGGUCUUAGAAGAUGUAGACCAGUGCUGUCAGGCUCUUUCUCAAAGACUGGGAACACAACCAUAUUUCUUCAAUAAACAGCCUACUGAACUUGAUGCAUUGGUAUUUGGCCAUCUAUAUACCAUUCUUACCACACAGUUGACCAAUGAUGAACUGUCUGAGAAGGUCAAAAACUAUAGCAACCUCCUUGCUUUCUGUAGAAGAAUUGAACAGCACUAUUUUGAAGAUCGUGGUAAAGGCAGGCUGUCUUAGAGAUAUAUGUUCAUUUAGUUAUUAUUUUUUAAAAAAUCUAACUUUUGAAAUAUGUGUUACUUGACUGUUAUAAUAGGUAUUGGUAUCAGAAUUUUAAAACCAAAAUCAGUUUUUCGAAACCUUAAAACAAAUUAUAUGAUGUAUCCUGUACAUGUUCUUUAUACUGUUCUUUGUGUACACAUUAGUUUUGAAAUAUUUCAUUUGUCAUAUUGUACUCCACAUCUUGAAGUUUUUGUUUCCUUAUAAACAUAAAAAUAAAGCUUAAACAACUGUAUGGAUGUUAUAUUUACUUUCUUUUGAUCUUUCUGAAGCUACUCACUGGGCUUUAUACAUAUGGAAUAGUGUCUUCUACAGCAAGUAUUUGGUGUUACAUAUUCUGAGAUUACUUCACUAGAUACAUGAUGAAACUGAUCAUGUGAAAAAUUUUCUUAUCUUCACAUCCAAUUUGAAUUGAAUUAAAGAACAUUUCAUCACAGCAGCUAUGAUGUAAUUUCAUAAAAAAUGGAUUAAAGGACCUUAUUUCUUUUGAGACAAGAGGAUUUUAAUGCUCUUUUAUUCCUUUUUUGGAAAAGGAAGGGUAGUUUUCACAGAAGUAUUAGUGAGGAUUUAUAUAUAGACAGUAAGAAUUACAUGUUGUGCUUGCUCAAAUUUUGUGAUAUUUUGUUUUUGAUAAAACCAGUGAUGCUAAUAAAGAAUCAGAUGUAGGGCUGGGGUUGUGGCUCAGUGAUAGAGUGCUUGCCUACCAUGCAUGAGGCACUGGGCUCAAUCCCCAGCACCAUAUAAAAAAACUAAACAAAAUAAAUGUAUUGUGUCCAUCUACAACGAAAAGUAUUUUUUUAAAAAAGAAUCAGAUGUAAAAAAAAUGUUGUUAAAAAUGUCUAAAUAAUGGUACUGUCAUAUUUUCUUUUUUAUGUAUCAGGGAUUUUUGACUCAUUUAAUCCUUACAAAAACACUAUCAUGGUUACCCCCAGUUUACAAAUAAGGAAAUGGAGACACAGACAGGAUAAUACCUUGCCCAAAGAUACAGAAUUAGUAAGUGGUAGAAUUGGAAUUCAAACCCAGACAGUCUUAUAUCAAUUUGACCCUUUUUGCUUUUUUUUUUUUCUCUUAAAAUUAUAAAUUUAUACCAUAUCAAUUUCAAACCUCACAUAAACUUUGAGUACUCUUUGUGCACAGUAGUGCUAUUACUGUCUUUUCUGGAAUAAUUUUGUAAUGUGUAAUAUUAAAAAUCCCUUGUUAUCUGUGUUAUUGCACAAUUUUUAUAACUGGUCUUUGUUUAUAUGUUUUGCAUAUAAUGCAUUUCUUUUACUAUUGCCAUCACAUUCAUUUAAUUGAACCAAUAUUAUUUAUACCUUAGUAUGCAGAGUUUAGCUUUUUUUCCUUUGAGUUUUUUUGCAUAAUGAUACCACAUCAACAUGGGUUGUGAUAUUUUAAUCUUAAUAAUUACACUUGGGUAUUCUUAUUGUAAUAUGAGGAACAUUGGGAGACAUUGGCUUUUUAUUCCAAGGUAAGAUAUUUAUACUUAAUAUAUGUGGAUUACUCUCAGGGCUUAAUUUUUUCUAGUAUUAAAGUGAAUCACUGUCAAAAUCAAAUGCAUUAGAAAGUAGAAACUUUUAUAUCCCAUUUCGAUGAUUUAGUUUUUUGCCUUUGUCCUUUAAAUCCUUUAAGUCUAUAAAUCCAAGUAAUAGUAGCUAAAAAUUAUUAUUGAAAAGCCACUGUGGGACAAGAGUUCACUGUUGUUUUAUUGUCGAAGUACUUGUGUAUAUGUUGUACAUCUCAAAAUAAGUAGAAUGUUAAGGAUGUCAGUCUGAGAAAUUCACUUUGUUAAUGCUUUCUUGAUGAAUGGAUACUACGUAGUGUUUUUCUUACUCUCCUCUUGUAUAUCGUUGUCAUUUAAUGAUAUGACCAUUAUAGGAAGGCAUAUCAAAAUAUUACAUUCUAUAAAAUUUAUAUAAUUUUUUUGAACUUAUUAUAAUUUCUUGUUUUAAAGUAUUAUGGAUCUGGAGUGUACAGCUUAGUGAUAGAGCCCUUGUCUAGCAUGCAUAAGGACCUGUGUUUGAUGUCCAGCUUGAAAAAAAAAAAAAAAGUAUUAACCAGUUACUAGAAGCAACUAGAAGCUAUUUUGUGGCAUGUUAUAUCCAUUUAUA